AUGAAUUCACCGCGGGGCCAGGAGGAACAGGAAGUGCUCACACGCAGUAGCACACCUGCCACAAGCUCUGAAUUAAUCGCCGAAGAUCUGCGACAAUUCACUCGUUCUCCACAUCCCUACCACCAUAGCCGACGUCUCGGAUCCCGCACCCCUUCUGAACAAGGCGACCGUCUCCAACCUCUAACUCCCUAUUCCAAGUCCUCGCGGACACCCAGCGACAGCGGUACUGAAGCAGACGAUGAGAGUACGGGGAUAUUAAGAGGUCUUCCUGCGCCGCCGCUUCGGCCGCGUAAGGGCUUGCGCUCCGGCGGAAAUGGCUUCGUCGACUCCGAUGCUUGGUUGCCUACAUUACAUCCGUGGCCCUCACUUGCACGACAGUCUAGUCGGGGUUCCCGGAGAAGCUCCGAGGAAAAGCAGGCGGAGGGAGAGGCAGCCGAGGCUCAGCAGCUGAAGGCGAAGAGGCGGAUUGAGAUCUUGCGCCGGCUGUUGGAAACAGUCCUUCUCUUGUCGAUUGGGGCGGUGGUUUUACUAAGGAAAGAAGCUCACUCUCUUGCGUGGGAAUGGAGAAAAGAGCUCAUUACCCAUGGUCUCCUGCUCCUCGGGUUGUAUGCUUCAUAUCCUGUCAUUGUCUGUAUUGCAAGGACCCGCAAGUCGUAUGGACCAUCUAAACGUCCAUUCUUCAAUGUUCCCUCGAGCUUCGAUCCCGCUCCGCUCCUGUACCCGAUCCUCAUUCCGAUAUUUGUUUCGAUAUCGCUGGCGAACUAUCGUCCGUCCCUGAUCAUGCCAAACAUCAUCUUCAGUCUCUCGUCUAUCCCCGCACCCGUCAUACCGUUACACAACUGGUCCAAUGGCUUGAGUCUCCCGCACUGGAUGGUUACAUUGGUGCCUAUUCUCAUUUCGGAACACUUUUCUCUUGACUCUACGAUUCCCAAACCGCUGUCGCUUCGCGGGCACGAUGCCGAAACAUUGAUUCUUCUUUUUCCUUUGCAUCAAGCGUUGAUACCCACUUUAGACUUUUUGUUGACAACCAGCAUUCUCCCAGCCGAGCUCCAGCUGUUAACCACUGCAUUAUUGAAUUUGUAUUUGUUUGCGACAUCGCCCCAGGCGGAGAUCUUGAAAGCCUUGCUUUGGCUAGGCGGGAUGUGCAUGUUUGCUUUAGGCCGGGAUGUCCUACGUUGGGAGGUUGCACUGGCUCGUAUUCCUAGCUGGAAGUUUCGCCGCUCUCUACGCGGCUCGCAAUCGCCAAGGCGAUUCAUAAAUAUGAUGGAUCACCGUCUUUGUCAGAAGUUAAGCGGAACCGGCGUCUCCGAUGAGCCUACAUCGGACAGCGAUGGGCCCGGUGCAGUUCCCACGCCACGCAAGGCGAAAAUCAUGCGUGAAAAAGCCCCUUCGGCUGAACCAAUGUCCGCAGUAGGAAAUGUCACUACCGAGGAAGUUUUUGAAAAGCACUAUCGCGCUGGACAGCGACAGCGCCGCCGGCAUACGAUCUCCGUCCUGGAUGAAGCUGUGCAGAAGAAAGAACGGGUCCGAACUACGCCCGGUGGACGGCGGAAGAAAUUGAUGGGGCCUGGGCUCGCGUCAUUCUUAUCGCUGACUGCACCUCAAGCACAAGUCCGCAAGUGGUUAUAUGCACUCUACAUAUACGCUGUCUCACUAGUGAUUAUCUUGGGGCCGAUCCGGAUAUAUGUGGCUAAGCAGGCCUUGCAAGGUCAAGAUCCAUUCGGAUGGGCGAUUGGAUACUUGUUUGGCAACCUAUCUGCAGUUCGAUUUUGGGUGCUUAUGACGAAUCUGGAGUAUUGGAUCCAACUGCCACCGCGCCCGGAUGCGACCCUGGAAGAUGCAGCUUGCUGGUUCGGGCGGAUUGAACAUCUCCGACAGACGACUUUCGGACCUGCCAACACUCGCCUUUUACUGAGUGCAUACUGCAUCGUGGUACUGGUGAUGGGACUGGCAGUGGUGUUCCAGCUCAGCUCGGUCGCUGAGGUUGACACACGGCGCAAAGUAUUUCAUGGGAUGAUGGUGUUGAUGUUUCUGCCUACGGUGUUUGUGGAUCCGACCUUCUGCGCCUUGGCAUUGGGACUGGUACUUUCAAUCUUUUUGCUCCUAGAUCUCUUCCGGGCAUCCCAGCUACCUCCCAUCUCUCGGCCACUGACAUACUUCUUGGCGCCAUAUGUAGACGGGCGGGACCACAGAGGACCUGUCAUUAUUUCGCAUAUAUUUUUGCUAAUCGGAUGCUCUAUUCCACUCUGGUUAUCAUUGUCUGAUCUUGCUCGCAAUGACCAGGGCCCUUGGGUUGGCUGGGACGUGCCUGCGCGCGACGCCAGCAUGGUCAGUGGAGUCAUCUGUGUUGGCAUGGGCGAUGCAGCCGCAUCGCUUAUUGGGCGUCGCUACGGAAGAUUGAAAUGGUUUUGGGGCGGGGGAAAGUCGCUGGAAGGCAGUGUGGCUUUUGUGGUAGCGGUCAGUGUUGGAUUGUUGGCUGUUCGUGCCUGGCUGAUGGUGGGAGGUUGGCCAGUGGCUGGCAGCGAAUGGGUCGAGGCACCCACCUCGACCGUUCGGUUCUGGCUCUGGACACUCUGCAAGGCCGGAUUAGCGGCAGGUGGAACGAGCGCCACCGAGGCGAUCCUCACUGGCUGCAAUGAUAACGUCGUGGUGCCCGUGGUGCUGUGGCUCUUGGUGCGGGGCUUAGGUGUUUGA